AUGGCCAAACGUUACAUUUAUUUAUUCGAUGAAGUUGACCAAGUUGAAGAAAAGGCCGGCUCUUGGGACGGUGUUCGCGCCCUUCUCGGUGGAAAAGGUGCAAACCUUGCUGCCAUCUCGAAGGACGGAAUUCCAGUUCCAAAAGGCUUCACAAUUACAACUGAAGCAUGCAACGAUUACUACUCCCAAGAUCCACCAGCUUUUCCACCAGGAAUGUGGGAUGAAACUUUAACAUAUUUACAUAAACUCGAAGAACUUACAGGAAAGAAAUUUGGCGAUACAAAAUUACCACUUCUCGUUUCAUGCCGUUCAGGUGCUCGUGUUUCCAUGCCAGGUAUGAUGGAUACCGUUCUCAACUUAGGUCUCAACGAUGAAACAGUCAAAGCAAUGAUCAAUCUUACAAAUAAUCCACGUUUUGUUUGGGACUCCUUCCGCAGACUUCUCCAAGGCUACGGCGCAAUCGUUCUUGGAAUUCCAGAUGAGGAAUUCGAAGAAGCCCUUAAGAAAGGCCAAGAAGAAAAGGGUUACAAGAAUGAUGCAGACUGGCAGGCCGAGGAUUGGGAGAAAUUAACAGGAAUUUACAAAGAAAUCAUCGAAAAACAUACAGGAAAUCCAUUCCCACAAGAUCCAUUUGAGCAAAUCCGUGGUGCUGUCGCAGCCGUUUUCGGAUCAUGGAACUCUCAGCGUGCUAUCGAUUACCGUAAGAAAUUCGGAUUCCCAGACUCAUGGGGUACAGCUUGCAACAUCGUUACCAUGGUUUUCGGUAACAUGGGUGAUACAUCAGCUACUGGUGUCGCUUUCAGCCGUAACCCAUCAAACGGUGAAGCUUCAUUGUGGGGAGAUUUCCUUGUCAACGCACAAGGUGAAGAUGUCGUCGCAGGUGUUCGUACACCAGAGCCAAUUGCCAAACUCGAAGAGAAAAUGCCAAGCGCAUUCCAACAAUUCGUAGAAAUCACUAAGAAGCUCGAAAACCGCUUCAAAGAUAUGCAAGAUAUCGAAUUUACAAUCGAAAACGAGAAACUCUGGAUUCUCCAGACUCGUAACGGCAAGCGUACAGCCGCAGCUACAGUCAAGAUCGCAUGCGACCUUGUUUCCGAAGGAAUAAUCACCAAAGAGGAAGCUCUCAAGCGUGUCGAGCCAGGCGAUGUCGACCAGCUUCUCCAUCCCCACUUUACAGCAGAUGAUCUCAAAGCUGCCCAACCAAACAAGUUUGCAGACGGUGUCAAGGCAUCUCCAGGUGCUGCUGUCGGCCAGAUCUACUUCACAUCCGACAAAUGCCAGGAAGAAGCCAAGAAAGGCAACGACGUCAUCAUGGUCCGUCAGUUUACAAAGCCAGAUGAUUUCGGAGGCAUGUGUGUCUCCAAGGGCUUGUUCACUGCUGAAGGUGGCGCUGCCUCUCACGCCGCUGUCGUUGCCAGACAGAUUGGUAUCCCAGCUGUUGUCGGCUGCACAGGAAUUGUCAUCGAUUUCAACGCUUUAACAGUUACCUUUGGAGAUAAGACACUUCACGAAGGCGACUGGGCAUCUGUCGAUGGCUCUACCGGCCAAGUCUUUGUUGGCAAAGUUCCUCUCGUCAAGCCAAACCUUGAAGACCAGAAGGAUCUCAUGCAGAUCUUGACAUGGGCUGAUGAAGUUCGCUCAGCACCAAACUCCCGCAAACCAUGCAACGGCGGUCCAUCACGCGGAUUGAAGGUUUGCGCAAAUGCUGAUACACCGGAAGAUGCAACACGCGCAAGAUCAUUCGGUGCAGAAGGCAUUGGUUUGUGCAG